AUGGCUAGCGCUUCGCGAUCAGGGGCUGGCUCUCCGUCGCACGAGAUGCCCGGUUCCAGCAGGCUGUUCUCCAAGAGAGCCCGGGAAAUUCAAGCUCAGGAAGGCGUGCCUGGACUGCCGUUAAAUCCCUGGGGCGGCCCGCCGACGAGCGGCAACUCCACGCCUCUCCGCGAGAACAUCCCCGAAUCGCCAACCGAUGGCUUCCCCGACUUUGCCCAGCUUCCUACGCCUGACUCGCUACCCCAGACGAGGCGUGCUCGCGCUGGUACUGUUCCGUCACGAUUCUCUCCCGGCGGUGUCGGUAACGGUCUGCUCAAUAUUCCUGCGAUGGCUCCCAAGUCAUCUCGGCCCACGCCUUCCCACAGCCCCUUCAAGUCAUCUUCCCCAGGCCUCGAGCCAGCGGACACCGCCUCCAACAAUUCCGCGCUGCUCUCCCGUCUUCGCGCCGGUUCAAUGCCUCAGCGUAGCCCCUUUGCUCAAAUUCCGGGUACCAGCUCUCCAUUUGGACCCUCCAUCUUCAGCAGCUGGAACCCCGCCGGAACCGGUCGCGAUCGCGGCAUGACACUGGCAAGCAUCGCUAGCAUCGGCUCUACGAACGGCCCCAGUUCGCCAACCCAGUCCCAGAUCUCUAGAGAAGGCGGUGGUGAGAGUGAUGUCCAUAUGAGGACGCUCGACUACCUUGGACUAGCUGAGACACCGCAGCCCCCUCGCGCGCAACUGGCCACUCCGUACAUCCCGAGCUUCAACGAUUUUACUAAGGCUAAUCGUUUCCGCUCUUACUCGGUCAACAACAAGGACAAGUACGCUGACGAGGAAGAGGAUGAUUUCGAGGAGAACAUGACUUUGGAGAGCCAGUAUGUCGCUCACCUCCAGGACCAGCUUGCGGCAACCAAUGCGGCCAUUCACAACCACAACCUGGCUGUGCAAGCUUUUGCCAACCAGGCGACCCGUCCUCGUGCCCGCACCGCGGGUGUUUUGGACACCCCUGGCUCCCGCCUGAUGCGCACCUACAUGUCUGGUAAUGCUGGCAUGGGCGGUGCUAUCCCGCCCGCCGAGAUCCGUCUGCCGGAUGAGAAGGAAUUUGAUGACCUGCCACAAGCCGUCGCUGCUAUGAACCUUGGACGGUCAAGCAGCCGCAACGCGAAUCUCCUCAACGCCGAGGACCAAGGUCUCGAAGGUCCCACCAGCGCUCUCUGGCUGGGCAGCAUUCCCACCUCCACAACAACGUCAACCUUGACGGAGAUGUUCAAGUCAUACGGCCCAAUCUUGUCUGCUCGUGUCCUCACCCACAAGAACUGCGGCUUCGUGAACUUUGAGCGCAUGGAGAGCGCCAUCACGGCGAAGGCUAGCAUGAAUGGCAAGGAGAUCUUCCCCGGAGCUGGACCGAUCCGCAUCAACUUCGCCAAGCCACCAUCUGCCUCCAACACGCCCGGACACGAUGGCGUCUUCCCGUCCCCCAGCCCCGAUCCCUUCUCGAAGAACCAGGACGGCGCAUCCGGUUCUGGCUCCGGCGCCGCCGCCGACAGCGCGCCCCUGGCUGCGCAGCCAGCAAAUGCUGCUCCGACCGUGCCACCUCUGGCUGAGAUGACGAAUGACAUCCUCCGUAUCGUGAAGCAAUUCCAGGCCUCUGACGAGGACUCUGCCAAGAUCUCCCGCAGCCUCCAGUCUUCCAUCCAGUUCAAUAACUUUGUUGACGAGAUCCCCCCUAUUCGGGAGCCUGCUCACACCCGCGUCCACGACGCUCCGAGACUGAGAGACAUCAGGAAGCGGAUCGACAACCAGAGCCUCUCCCAGGCCGAGAUCGAGACGACCGCCCUCGACAUGCUUCCCGAGAUUGCCGAGCUGUCGUCCGACUAUCUGGGCAACACAGUCGUGCAGAAGCUCUUCGAGCACUGCUCCGACGACCUUCGGGAUGCCAUGCUUGCUGAGAUUGCUCCUCACAUGGCCGAGAUUGGCGUGCACAAGAAUGGCACCUGGGCUGCCCAGAAGAUCAUCGAUGUCUGCAAGACUCCUCGCCAGAUGUCCUUGAUCGUUGAGCACCUGCGACCGUACACGAUCCCCCUGUUCCUGGACCAGUACGGCAACUAUGUGCUCCAGGGCUGCCUCAAGUUUGGCGCUCCCUACAAUGACUUCAUCUUCGAGACCAUGCUUAGCCGCAUGUGGGAGGUUGCUCAAGGCCGCUACGGUGCUCGUGCCAUGCGCGCUUGCUUGGAGAGCCACCACUCCACCAAGGAGCAGCAGCGCAUGCUUGCUGCCGCCAUCGCCCUGCACAGCGUGCAGCUCGCCACCAACGCCAACGGAGCCCUGCUUCUGACUUGGUUCUUGGAUACUUGCACGUUCCCUCAGCGCCGGACAGUUUUGUCGCCCCAGCUUGUCCCUUGCCUCGUCCAUCUCUGCACACACAAGGUCGCUUAUCUCACGGUUUUGAAGGUCAUCAACCAGAAGGCGGAGCCGGAGGCACGAGACACCAUUCUCAAGGCUCUGUUCUUCACGCCUAACGACCAGAUUCUCGAGGCGAUCCUCAGCGACCAUGCCUGCGGUGCCACCUUGAUCUUCAAGGUCCUCACCACACCCUUCUUCGACGAGAGCAUCCGCAGCCAGGUGGUUGAGAAUGUCAAGAAUGUCUUAGUUCGUAUCAAGGCCCAGCCCGGCCAAGGCUACAAGCGCUUGAUGGACGAGGUUGGUCUUUCUACACGCAACAGCGGCGGAGGUGCUCGUGACCACGGACACGGCAACUCGAACAACAAUGAACAGCGCCAGCGACCGGCUUCUCGCCAGGCCAACCUGAACAACCACCACCAGCAGGCUGGCCACAUGAACAAGCAGCAGCAGUUCUACAACCCGCUCAACGCGCCUGUCAAUCCGUCCAACUACGAGAUGGGCUUUGGUGGCCAGCGCAACGAGCCUGCUGACGCGAACAUGCCGCCGUUCCCGCCGUAUGGUGUGCAAAACCCUAUGUACAACCCAUCGAACUCUCCGAUGCCGGCUCCUGCGAACUUGCAACAGCUGCAGUACCAGCAGAACAUGCUGAACCGCGCAACCCCUCCCAUCAACAACUUCUUCCCGCCAAUGCAGGCAGGAUUUGGCGGUUACAACAGCCCUAGUCCAUCGAUCGACCAGUACCGCAGCCAGAACUUGGCCAACGGUAGCCCUAUCCAGCCCCCGGCGACUCAGAUCCCUCAGAUGCCUCCCGGUCAGGCACCGUACGCACCUCCCGGAUUUGGUAUGAACAUGGGAGGCAUGGGAGGAUUUGGUUACGGCAACAUGGGUGGCGGCAUGCAGAACAUGGGUUACAUGCAACAGGAGCAGGUCAACGGAAGACGUGGCCGAAGGUGA